AUGCGGAACAACCAGAGCCUCAGCCUUGACAGAAUCGUUAGUGUGGAACUACGGACCAAACCUUCCAAAGAGACCAAAUCAGACAAGAGUCCAGACGGGUACGGGGGCCCUCUCUGCCUCCCCUCCUUUCCUUCUUCAUCCUCCCUCAUUUCCCCCAUCAUCCAGAGAAUCGUCACUCAGAUCAGAGGCAGAAUAACUGCCUCAGCCUUGGACCUCCUGAUCACCAACCACCUCACUUCCCAUUUCCUUUUUGCCGCCUCUUCCUCUGAGAUCUGUGCUCCGGGUGUUUCAUUGACUGACUUCCGCGUCGUCAUUUUACCGCCACGUUUCGCGAUCUUCUGCAAAGAGAGAGAGAGACUCAAGUUUUGGUCCUACCGCCAAGUGAGGUGGCGGAUCAACGCGGCCGAGUGGAAGUACGAUGGGUUCAAAGCUCAGUCUCAAAACACAUCUCGUCCCAACUUAUCCAUCGGCACAUCUUGGCAAGGCGACAUAAAAUACCACACAGACUUGCGCCAAAAUCUGGCCGCGGAUGUUCCGAUGCAAUUGCUAAAGCACGUCACCACGUUCGAUAUCAGUCGUGGGCCGAUGUCUAGUCCAUUCCGGAACAUCAAACCUGUCAUGGUUUCUAAAUUUCCAAUGACACGAGAAAACCAUAUUGGACCAGCAUCUUGCCUUGUAUUGGCCAUGGCUCGAUUGUGCUCCAUUUAUUUGCAGAGGCGGUAUCUGUACUUUGUGCCUCUACUCCGUAGCCUCUGGGCUCUGCGUCUGGGACUCUGCAACUGUGACCUCGAUUGUGGACUCGACGGAUCGCCUCGCCUACUAAGCCGUGCGAUAAUGCAUUCUAGAAUAUGUUUCCAACCGAGUUCAAACGAAACGAAACAACUAAAUUUCCCGAUCCAUCACCGGUAUUUGAUCCAGAAGAGGGGCAAACACCAAGGUGCUCGAAACCCCGAGUGCGCCUCGGUUGGUGAUGAGGAGAUCGGUCGUCAGGGAAGAGCACUCAGCACGCAUCGGGACUCCAGUCAUUCGAGGGUGCGCAUGGUGUGCGAUGUGGAGAAACGGCGAGAACAAACUUCAACCUGGGCUGGAUACGAUGUUAUGGAUGCUUUGCCCGGCUUUCUGGCUUCGAAGCGAGGAAUCUAG